AUGAGCCGUACACAGACAAAUACAAGCUCGCGCCAAGUUCAUAGAGCUUUGAGACGACGACGCCAAGAAGAAGAAGGAAAAGAAGAUGAUGAGGCAUUGCCAAUUGGAUUUAUGAGAUUAGGGUUUGACGAGUUAAGAAGGCUGGAAAGAGAAUGGAAGGCCAAUCCCAAAUGCUGCAAGUCAAGCACCGUUCUUCAGCAUGCCAUCAUAUUGUACUACUCAAACAGCGGCUAUACAAGAUUUGACGAGCAUUAUUGUUAUUCUGCAUCGCAUUCCGGGCUGGCAAUCAACACAAACAAAAUUGCAAAAGAAGUGGAAGACAAAAUCUUAUCGGACAAGGAACUGAAAGAAAUAGUGAAAUCAUAUUACAAGGCUUACAACUUCCAGAGUCGGUUGCUUGCUUGUGGAGCGUGCGGAAUUAGGCAGUAUGAAUCCGAGAACAGCAGUGCGUCCAUCCAAUAUACAAAAGUGUUGUUGUCUUCGUUACCAGAAAUCUACAAAUAUACGCCAACUCAAUUAAGUAAUUUGAACCAACUAAAGCAGGCAGGUGCAUUGGAAAUUCCUGACAAGACUGGUACUGGAACAAUAUCUGUUGACCCAUGGAAAGUUGUGUCACAUUAUAAAUCUGAACCGCAGGAUUGUACAUACCAUUUGCACCCAGAACUUGUAUCAGCGCAUGUACUAGGAGAAGAGACAAGAGAACAUACUCAUUUUUGUCCACGAUGCAGCAAGGCUUUGCAAAAAAAGUACAUGCUACAAGUGAAUCAUGUUUUGGCUUCUAAGGAGGAACUUGAUGAUAUUAUGAAUGUUCACUUCUACAACGAGAAAGGCAGAGAUGAUGCGUUGGCUCGGAAAGCUUACGGGACAUCCAAACUAUACGAUAGUAGCAGCGUACUGCAACAAUGGUUUGCAGUCCUUGGCCGGUUGAGUCCAUACUAUAGCCAUAUCAGACAGGAUACGAUUGAUAACUUGGUUGAAAAAGUUGAGCAGAGUGUCAGGGAGAAGAAGGACAAUGCAAUAUUCAUCAGUGACAAGCAGAGUCUUCUGCAUGAAAAAGGUCUUGGCUCUGAUGUUGCUGGUGUUCAUCAGGUGGAUUCCAUGUCGGAUAAUUACCAUGAUUACUUCGGAGGAGCAUCGACAUCACAUAUUGAAAGCACCAGCUAUUCAAGUAGCAAUGAUCUCCCUCUUAGGACGCAUUAUGUCAGUCCAUCACCAGAUACCCUGCUACGAACAAAGAAAAUACGCAAUCAAGUUGAGAAUGAUGCUAUUCAAAACAUGAUGAAAGGUGUUGAUGAAAGCGGGAUUGUGAGCCAGCAUCAAAUGGAGUCAGAUGAUGCUGUACGCGGAUGGUUUGGAGAACAGGAAUCAGAAGGAGGAGACAGGCAUAACAACUCUUUUGUCAUAUCGCAUCGACGCCAAGACCCAAUCAAUGAGUUCUUGCCAGAUGACGAGAUGCUGGCAUGUACCUUUCGAUGGCUGUUUCCCAUAGGGAAAGCUUAUGGAAGACGUGCUGGUAACCUCAAUGGCGAGGAGUUGAACCAUUUACUGAAACAAUUUAGUAUGAUUCAUGGUCAGGACAGACGAAUGUUGGGAUACCUAGCUGAUGUCAAAAGACGAUUUGCAGUCAUAAAAAGUGCAAGCCUCAAACUGAGCGGCAACAGCGAUGCAAUAUCAAGAGUGAAUGAAUUCAUGGAUAGGAACGACCAUCAAGAAAUCUUGAAAACGUUGCAAGAUGAUCCUGAUAGUCCGUCAGCGAAGAAAGUAUGGAAACGGCUGAAAUCGACAUUGACUUUAGUUGGAGGGGACAUUGCUUAUGGAGCUUUGGAAACAAGUAAAUGCAUCAGUCAGACACUUGAAACUGCAAAGCGAUAUGGUGCUGGAUGCACAUUCUUGACGCUAUCACUUGACGACAUGUUUAAUACAUGGGGUUUUAGAGCUGCAAUUAAAACAGUGGACAAUACAAAAUUUCCUGCGGUUUUUGGUUCUGAAAGUGAGUAUGCCUCCCUUGAUGAUUUCGUCAAAGCCAUCAAAGAACAUGCAGUUGACAGAGGGCAAGGCACCAUCAACUUCAAUGAAGGCGAGGGGAUGCAAUUUGAGCAAGCAUACCUAUCAAAACUAGCAGCCGAGAACCCCGCUGCAUAUGUCUGUGAAACAAAAGCAAUUCUUCAUCAUGUCCUUUCAAUUCUCGUUGGUUGUCCACCAGAAGGAUUUUUUGGCGCCUACGAUGGGCGGUCAACACGAAAGAGUCAUUAUUGGAAUACUAAAAAUCGCAAAGGUAUAUUUGGUCAUGGUCUUGGCUUAGCUGGAGUGGUGGAAGAUCACAUGAAGGGAACACUGCAUUUUCACAUCAUCGUCUAUGGAUCAAUUACGUCAUAUGUGCUCCAAGAACUAUGUCAAGUGUCUGCAAUCUGCAAAAAGGUAGUAGAGGCCUUGGACUCUUUUUACAAGGCAAAGUUCAGUACCGGAACAAAUUUCCGGAAUGUCUUGACUAGAACAUUGAGAAAAUCUACUGCGUUGAGACAGUUGGCAGAACCAAUGAGUUCACCAGCUCUUUUGCAGCGAACCAACCCUAUUGCAACCAUGGAUGAUCUAUCAUCAAAUGGCUCAACCAUGCAAAAGAUGGAAAACAUAUCUUGUGACGAGAGAGCAAAUAGUGAAUACCAUGUGCAUCACAGAACUUGUCAUAGAGGAUUUCAUGGUAGAGAAAGAUGCAGACUUGCCAAGAAAUCAGGUGUUUCCAAUGGAACUCAUUGUGUUUUGCUGAUACCGACAAAACAGAAUCAACCUGAAAACAGCAAUACAACUGUUUCACCACCAGAAGGAGCAGCUACUGUACUAAUGGAUGCUGUUCCUAUUUCUCAAAACGCAAAUCCUGGAAAAAAUCAUGCUGGGUAUGAAAUUGGAGUACUGCAGCCUGUUCUUAUUCAAACCUAUCAUCUUAAGAGCCCUUUGGAUUGUGGCAAAGAGGAACCCAUUGUUGUGUGGAAGUUGGAUAGACCUAUUCCCAAAUUAGCAGCACAAUUUGGUUUUGACAGUACAUCUGCUGAUCUAAGUCAUGUCCUAUCUCUUCCCACUGAUGGAUCAGAACAGUCCACUAGGAUUCUAAUUGUCAAUAACAUUUGUAAGCUUUUGAAGCACCAUGAUCAUGAUUCAUUAGGAGGCUGUUAUGGCAAUGGACAUCAAAUUUGGGCCUUCAUUAACAUUGGGAAAAUUGAAGCUGUUAAAGAAUUGUACUCCCAGUGUACUGAUGCUUUGCAGACAGCAAAUCAAUAUGUCGUUGACCAUAACAUUCCACUCUUUUACUGCACAGGAUCCCACAACAAUGCAGUUCUGCUAGGUGGGGUACAACAAUCAAAAUCAGCUAUGUUCUACAUUGCUCCAUAUAUGGCAAAGGAAAAAGUCAGUCUCUCUGCCUCUCUCACAAUACUAGAACAUGCAAGAAAAUUGGUCCAGGAACACAAAAGCACAGCUGAGGACAGGGACACAAAACCACAAGAAAGGCUAGCUAAGCAUUUUCUUUCCAAGGUGACAAAUAAGCUCAACGCCUACACCGAGUUGUCAGACUAUCAAACGGUUGCGUAUUUACUUCAAAUUCCAUCCAUAAUCACUUCAGAAGUGUUUCAAUACAGUGAACCUUGGGGUGCAAUCAAUUAUCGAAAUAUCCUGAUACCAAAAAAAAUGGAGCAAGCAAAUACUGGAAUUGAAAGCGAUGGCAACAAUGCUAAAAAUGACAACAAGUCUGAGGAUAAUGCUUAUUUGGGAUACAUAAAGACAUUUAUCGUAGAAAAAGGAGAAGAUGGUGAAGAUAAUAUCAAAAUGGCUGUUCCAGUUGUGGCAAUGUACUUUCACAGGGGUAAAGAUUUGGAGCACCUUAACUUAUAUGAGUAUGAUGCGUUUAUUCAGGUGAAGGAACUUCCCAAGAAAGAAAGCAGCAGCGCAAAGUCAACAUGGUUUAAGUUUGAAGGAGCUUUUGAACUGAGAGCAAGAUUUGGACAGACCCUGUGCCGCAAGCAGCGUACACUAAUCUUCAAAGGAAAAGUGCCCAAACACCCAGGAAAAGAGCCACAGUUAAAUCAUCCAACACAUUCUAGCUGGCAAACAAGAGCUGAUCAACAUGCCAACUACAUACUGACUAUGUUUCGACCAUGUGAGAUAUAUAACGGAUCGGAAACAAAAAAAGCGCUAUCACAGAGUUAUGGCUGGGGUGAUCUAGUGGCGUGGAUAAAUACAUCACAGCACAAUGACAGCACUGUUUCAAAAUUUCGCUUAAUGGCUGUGGAUAGAAGGAUGAAUACUCUGGCUUCAGAUUUUCAAACAAAAAAGAUAUUGUCAGCCUAUCGUGCAAGAGACGCUUACAAGUGGUCGUCGUACGAGCAGGAAAGGCACAGGAGAACAGAUCAGCUUUUAAAAUUUUACGAAUGUCAAGAGGAUUCUCUUCUACUUGAUGAGGAUUUCUUCCAGGCAAAGUACAAUAUACUAGACUCCAGAUCAACAACAACUGCAUUGAACAUGAACGCAGAUGCUGAAUCAUUCUCACAAUCUGUAAGCACCUUUACAUUUCCGCAUACACCUGACAGAACCAUCCAAAAGUAUGACGCUGUUGGAGCAAUGACAAUUCAAUGGAAACAAAGGGCGUCUCUAUUAUACAACAAGCAAGAUGACAAAAGUUCUCUGUGGGAUGAUGACGGCAACAUUUCACUUGGAGAAAACAAAGUACAGACUGGUGAACUGUCGCCAUGGCGUUGUGUCAACAAUGCCAAUGCUAUGCCACUGAAUAACGGUCAGGCAUAG